UAUCCAGUCGACGAAUUACUUACUAUAAGAUCGUUAGAGAUGCUUAUCCAUGUCUAUCCAUAGCGAUCAUGUUUGCCGAAGAUAUGAGGUAUCUUUCUUCUCCAGCUACUAUCUAGUUUCUUCUCCUGCUACUCUAAAAUAAAUCACUUAUCUACAGAAAUUACUUAUUAUAAGCUACAUGAAUAAAUAACUUAUUCGAAUAUUUCCCGAGUGUUUAAUCAAUCCCCAGGCUACUUUUCCCAUAAGGAUCAGAUGAGACCUGUAUGUCUUGCUUUGUACUUAGUGCUCGCAGUGGCUCUGGAAUUUCAGCUAGACCUUGAGCUUUCCUUCUUUGAGCAUGCUUUCCUUCUUCGCUUUUCACAUAAAAGACGGGGUCUUACCAGCCGUUGGACACGUACUCCUGCUACCAAAGCUAGAUAGGAAAGUGAAGAUAUGAUCCAACUACUCGAUAAAAUGGAUUUUCUAGAAUUAUGCUAUGCUUAUUCCCACUCUGACUAUUCCACCUCCUGUUCUCAAUGUCAUAGUAAGAAUUUUACCUGACAUCAGAUAAGCAUCACGCUUGCUUCGUUAGACCGUACGGAACCCAAGCAAGAGAGAAAUCUCCCCGUUGUUCGAUCGUACUAAAGUACUGCUGCUGCCGAAGACUCUCUCUUGUCAGAGAAGAGGGUGUGUAACUAAAUCAAUGACUCACCUUAUAUAUCAUAAUGGGCUACCUCGUCUCAAUAGGUUAAAAUCAAGGUCUCGCCCCUUCCCUCUAUCCUAAGAUUAUCGUAGUGGUUGAUGAGAUGAGAAACGAAGUGAGGUCAAGGAAACGUGAUUCCAGGUACGCCCGUUCCUCUACAUCGUUUGACUAUCAAAGUCAGGUCAAAUGUAGGUGAGUGUUGCUUCUCAGAAAACGCGUAGAAUAGUCUCAUUGGCCCUCGUCAAUGGGACAAACGCGGAAGUGUAUGCGUUACUGUACUGGGAAGCUAGCAUUUUGUCUUGUCAUGGAAGUUCGUGUUCGUGUUCGUGUUCGAAUGUUCUUGUUUUUCGUUGGAAAAACCAACGCCGACGUCAAGAUCAGUCUCCUUUCUCUUUUGUUUUGUGAGCAGAGCUGAAAAGAUGUUGUUACCCACCCGAUGUUGAAACGGAUUGCAAUUGAAGUUCUUCAUUUGAUUACUUGUGGGAUUUGUAAAAAGAAUCCUGCCUCCCCCCAGGAUUCGGAAAUGGAAGAUGAUGGCUAUUCCAUUUCUAAAAGGCGUCUCAAUAAAGAGGGGUUCCAGAAAUUUCUGGAAAAAGAAGAUAAGAAAAAGAGACGCUAGUUCUUCUUUUCUUACAUACUAUCUUUCCGCAUGAAAAAGACCAAUCAAAAACUUCUUCGUUUCGUUGGUAGAACCCACGCCAACUCUUUUCUCUAAAAAAUAGAGAGAUCUUUUGAUAGUCUCACUUCUAUCAAUGCAAUGAAAGAACUAUCCCUUCCUAUUUGUUUGUCCUAAUGAGACAAAGAAGAGCCUCCUUCUUUACCACUUUAGGGGAUGGGGGUGAAGGGGGGUUUACAUACAACCGGGGCAAAGUGGUUUAUGAUUGAAUCUCAGAGGCAUUCUUAUCAUUUGGUAGAUCCAAGUCCAUGGCCUAUUUCGGGUUCACUCGGAGCUUUGGCAACCACUGUAGGAGGUGUGAUGUACAUGCACUCAUUUCAAGGGGGUGCAACACUUCUCAGUUUGGGCCUAAUAUUUCUCCUUUAUACCAUGUUCGUAUGGUGGCGGGAUGUUCUACGUGAAUCCACGUUGGAAGGGCAUCAUACAAAAGCUGUACAAUUAGGACCUCGAUAUGGUUCUAUUCUCUUCAUAGUCUCGGAGGUUAUGUUCCUUUUUGCUUUUUUUUGGGCUUCUUCUCAUUCUUCUUUGGCACCUACGGUAGAGAUCGGAGGUAUUUGGCCCCCAAAAGGGAUUGGGGUCUUAGAUCCUUGGGAAAUCCCUCUUCUUAAUACCCCUAUUCUCCCUUCAUCCGGAGCUGCCGUAACUUGGGCUCAUCAUGCUAUACUCGCGGGGAAGGAAAAACGAGCAGUUUACGCUUUAGUAGCAACCGUUUCACUGGCUCUAGUAUCCACUGGCUUUCAAGGAAUGGAAUAUUACCAAGCACCCUCCACUAUUUCGGAUAGUAUUUAUGGUUCUACCUUUUUCUUAGCAACUGGCUUUCAUGGUUUUCAUGUGAUUAUAGGUACUCUUUUCUUGAUCGUAUGUGGUAUUCGCCAAUAUCUUGGUCAUCUGACCAAGAAGCAUCACGUUGGCUUUGAAGCAGCUGCAUGGUACUGGCAUUUUGUAGACGUGGUUCGGUUAUUCCCAUUUGUCUCUAUCUAUUGGUGGGGAGGUAUAUGAAAGAAGGGAACGAAUAAGUGGAUUGAGGAAUGAAAGCUCGAAGACAAAGAGAACUUCUCAGGGUAACUGGAUCACCCCGGCAGCGUGGUUUCUCUGACGAGCAGGAAGCCACAAAAAGCAUUGUGCUCUUGUAACUGAUCUUUUAGUAGGCGAAGUUGCCGAAUUCUGAAAUCACUACAGGCACUGUGCAGGAAAUUGUCGGUCCUAAAAACAAUGUGUCCCCAUGAUCAUUUUACAUCACGAUAUCUUUUUCUUCUGGUUAUGCGUUUUCCUCUUAACUUUUUUUUUAUUUAUUUGAUGGAAUCGUCCGGGCAGAAACUGUCAAAUGCGAUUCUUUUUAAGAUGAUUUUCCGGUUGAUCCGAUCUAUUUUCCCGGCUUCUCACCUUACCUUACUACUCUACUGGAUUGGAUUCCAUUUGAUGGGUAGGGCUGGCAAAUAUUCCAUGUAAAGGUGGGAGGGGCGCCGGGAUCCUGUAGUAGGAAUCCCCCCGUCAUGAUCGACUAAAAGGAGAAGUCUCAAUGAGAUAUUGGUUCAAAUCCAAUUCAUGACGAGUUCAGAAGGACUCUCUAAGAGAAAAAAGAAAAAACUGUUAGACCGAAACUCUUUUAGGAAAGAAAAAUCAAUCCAUAUACCAUAUACAAAUGGAUGAUACAUAUAUCAUAAAGAAGGAAUAUGGAGCGGGUAGUAGGAAUCGAACCCGUAACCCCAAGGUUAUGAGCCUUGCGAGCUGACCUAACUGCUCUAGUCCGCAUGCCUACCUUUCAGGGAAGGAGGAAGUACUAGAAGAGCCAGAAGCUAGGGGUGUUUGAGCUGU